AUGAUACUGCAUUGCUCUAGAGUUCCCGUACAGCUGAGAAAUAGGAGGGUAGACAUUGAACCCGCCGCAGUUCUUCCCAUGCUAGGUCUUCCUUCGGUCCAUUUAUCAUUCAUUCUGUUUCCAACUGAGAAAGUCAAAAUGCCAAUGCUACAGCCUCGUAUAUCGAUCCCUUUGAAUCGUGAAGUUGGAAUCAAUGAAGACUACUCUGACUACAUGUUCAAUCCUGACCUUCUAACUCCAGAAGUUGUUGGUGAAGUGCUAAAUGGUUUCCAUGUAAGACCUUUGAAAAUUACUGAUUAUGAUAAUGGGUUCUUGGAAGUUCUCGCUCAACUAACCACUGUUGGAGACGUAUCACGUGAGGCUUUCGAAGACCGCUUCAGAAGUAUGAGCUCUACUCGACCAUUAGCUUACUAUGUUGUAGUUGUGGAAAAUGUAAGCAGUGGAAAAGUAGUGGCAGCAGCGACAUUAGUAAUUGAAUGGAAAUUCAUCCACGAAGCCGGCUGCCGUGGCCGAGUUGAGGAUGUCGUUGUGGAUAAGGAAAUGCGUGGAAAGAAGAUGGGCGCUUUGCUGAACAGAAUAUUGGUCGCAUUGGCUAAGCAGAUCGGUGUCUACAAGCUCUCACUCGAAUGCAAGGACUCCCUGAUACCAUUCUAUGAGCUAUAUGGUUAUCAAAAAGAUGUGGGCAACAACUUCCUCGUUCAACGAUUUGACAAUGAAGUACAAAUUCCGUGCGAUGAUGGAGAGAUCAGAAUUCCCAGUAACAUUGGGACAAGGAGUGGAUAUUCCAUAAGUUACCGAAGGAUAAUAUCGAGAUUCCCCGUCAUCACCUGCCAGAUCCUGAAGCCGAAGCAAUUCCUGGGACCAGUAAACAGGAAUCCCUUGCGGAUCUUGAACGCAACUGGCUUGACUCUGGAAUCGAUCGCAUUUCUAUGGACGCAGUGUCUAACGAAAAUAAUCCCGCGUAACUUUCAAGUUCCCCUUUCACAUAGUUCCUUAUAA